CUCUCAAAGUUGAUCUCGUCGAUAACAUUCAUUCAAUUUCCCCAACGUCGACGGCCGGUUCCUUUCUCUUCACCGACUUCUUUUUCGACGACAAGAAGACUAUCAAAAUGGCCCCCAAAGUCCGAGCCCCCAAGGAGAACGCCGUCACCAACCUCGGCCCCCAGUCCGACGACGGAUUGGUGUUCGGUGUUGCUCACAUCUUCGCCUCGUUCAACGACACUUUCGUCCACGUUACCGAUCUUUCCGGAAAGGAAACCAUCUCGCGUGUUACCGGAGGAAUGCAGGUCAAGGCUGACCGAGACGAGUCGUCUCCCUACGCCGCCAUGUUGGCUUCGCAGGCCGUUGCCGCCAAGUGCAAGGAGGUCGGUAUCACCGCCGUCCACAUCAAGCUCCGAGCUACCGGUGGUACUGGUACCAAGCAACCCGGACCGGGUGCCCAGUCGGCUCUCCGAGGUCUCGCCCGAUCCGGUAUGAGGAUCGGACGUAUCGAGGACGUCACCCCCAUUCCUUCCGACUCUACCAGGAGGAAGGGUGGUCGACGAGGAAGGAGGCUGUAGAGACCUCGCUCUUUUUACCUGGAAACAUCUUGGAACGCCUUGCGUACAGGAUCCGGGAAGAGUGGGUCGUCUAGAGGGAGAAGUCUCGGUCAACAAUGUCGCCAGGCUAGAGCACGCCUACUCCGCCUCUCUUUUCGUCGGGAGAUGCAAGUGUGUGACUGGAGGAUACUAUUCCAUGGUGUCUUGUCUCGUCCGUCAAUCUAUAGGCCAUUCAUGUAAUCGUCUAAUUAUCGGUGGACCGAGGGAAGCCCUUUUACGGGAUCGGAUCCGAAACACACAUGAGAGUCGUGGCUCGCCAUUCUGCUUUACCGUGAC